AUGGAUAUAUCCAUAGCAGAACAAUUUGAUAUUAACGAUAAGGAAUGGUCCUUAAGUAAAUGUAAACAAUUUUUAAAGGUUAUCCAAAAUCAACCGUCUGCUACUAGUAUCGAAAAGGAACCAAGUGAUGAAAAUCAUGUGUUUUUACCAAAAUAUCUUAAGUCAGUAGUCGAGAAAGAUAAAAAAUUCUAUAAAUGGGUACGGAAAGAACUCGAUGACAUAUUUAUAGCGAUUUUUCGCUUUUUGCAUGAAUACUAUCCCGAGAUAAAUAAAUACCAACUGAACGCAAAUCACAAUGAAAAAAUCAGCCAAUGGAAUAAUAGUUAUUCAGAAUAUAUAGGCAAGAACAAAGUAGCGGAACUGCAAAAUCAAUUCAUUAGUGAAAGUAAUAGUGAAUGGAUUCCAGGGUUUAAGUAUCUUUAUGACUUUGAGAAAUACGAAUUAACUUUUGUGGAUAAUCAUGGAAUUCUUGCAAUUGUUUUGAUAAAAAAGAAGUGGAAUUUUAUAAAUAUAAUCGACACAAAAUACAGAAAAUUUUUCAUGGAAGAAAUUGAAAAAGAUCCGAGAAUUAUGUCAGUUAUUUUUAUCAAACCAAAAUUCGGGUCAAGAAAAAAAAAAGGUUUUCCUUGGGAUAUUGACAAGAAAAUGUGGAAUGCGAUCAAAAAAGUAAAUAAGCUCAACAACAAAAAUUCAGUAGAUUCUGAUCAAAAAACCAUUGCUCAAACAAUUGGCGUAGAAACACUUAAAGAAUUGGAGAGUGAAGAUGUCAGACUUAGUAAAAGUCUUGAAACUCUUAGUAUUACUGACCACGAAGAGUUUAAUUAUAAUGAUGAUUUAAACAUUGAAUCACGCAAUAUAGAAAUAAGCCAGAGUAUCGGUAUACAAAUUCGGGAAGAGUUUCUAAAAGACCACAAUGUACGAGAUAUUUUCUUUGGUAGUGAAAAAGUAGAAGUUCCUCCUUAUAGCAACAAAAAACUAUAUGUUGUAGUAGAUAGGACUCCAAAAAAGCCAUUGCAAAAGGUUGGAGACUUUCCAAUAAUCUAUAUUGAGUGGAGAACUUUUACAGAAUUAGGCCCAAGAAAUUAUCCACCAUCAAUGGCAUUGCCUCAGGACGUAAAAAAGAAGUUUGAUGAUAUCCUAGAUACCCAGCUUGGACUCGAAUUUCGUUCACUAUUUAGCAAUCUUACUGCAAUUAGUUUGGAUUGGAAAAUUGUUGGUGGAUUUUAUACAAACAGACCAGCAAUUGUGUUUUAUGUAAUCCGCAAAGGAGUAAUCCCUAUUGGAGAUAUGCUUUUCCCCGAGGCCAUUAAUGAUAUAGAAACAGAUGUGCGUGAGGGUUUUUAUGAAAUGACUGGAAAUUAUUCUAAAGAUUGUCGGAAGUAUUUGAAUUACGUUUCCACUGGUUGUAGUAUUGGAAUUUCUGGUACUACUCGGGCAGGAACAUUAGGUGCAUUUGUGAAAGGUCAAAACGACAUCACUUACUUGCUGACAAAUGAUCAUGUCAUUUUCUCUAAUGAUCAAAAAAUUAUCUGUCAACCAGCUGAUAAGGAUCACACAGAUCUUAUAGAAAAAGAUUUGAAACAUGAAAAAGAAAAAUUAGAAAAACUACAACCACAGCCCGAAACAGCCGAAUUAUACAACACAGAAAAAGAAGAAAUUCUCACACAAAUCAAAAGAUUGGAAGAAGAUUUAGAAAAAGCAAGAAACAAGAAUACCCAAUUUGCAAUAUAUGAAAAAGGGUUGCGCGAAAAUCAUAGAUAUGAUAAUAGAAACUAUGGAGUUGAUGCUGCGAUAGCCUCAUUAAAACCAGGCAUAAGACCUCCAAGAGUGAACCAUUUUGCUAUCAGAGGACCUGUAUUUGAAGACAUGUCUAUUGAUCCCUCUAUCCGACUUUCAGGUUUUAAAGACGUUAAAUCAGUUGAUAGUUCGGAACCUAUAUUUAAAGUUGGACGCACAUCUGGAUUGACUGAAGGGCAUAUUAAAGAGAUAGAUGUAUCAGUUAAAUCUUCAGAUGGUUUCCGAGUGAUCUUGGUAAAACAAUCGUUUAUUUUUCAUGGUGUGCUUAUGGAGGAGAUAAAAGUCCAGGGAAUAAAUAAUUUUCCCCCUAAGUGGUUAGAUAGACAAAUAUUAGUAAAAUCUAAAGGUGAUGAUUCCUUUAUGAAAGGGGGAGAUUCAGGUUGUGUGUGGUUUGAUAAAGAUGAUAAAGAUGGAAAAAUGAUAGCAUUGGGCCAUGGAUCAAUAUGUUUGCCUAUGGGCAAUUAUGCUGUCGGAUCGCCAAUAAAUGCAGUAUUUAACGCUCUCGACGUUAAUCCAAUUUUUAACAAUUAA